UCUACCAUGGACAGAGCCUACUCUGAUUAUGAUGCCUCCAGCCAGAUGUCAUUUUCUCCAUCAGAGGAUGAGGAUUGCUCCAGUCUCCAGUCCCCAUCUCCCUUCUCUACUGGUCACCUCACCUCUCCAACACAAACCCCUGACAAGUGUCAAGAACACAAGGAGGAGAAGAAGAAGAGGAGAGGGAGGAGCAGAGUGAAAAAUGAAGCUGUUCUUCACACUAUCAAAAAGACCAGGAGAGUCAAAGCCAAUGACAGAGAGAGGAGCAGGAUGCACAACCUCAACUCAGCUUUGGAUGAGCUCAGGGGCAUCUUACCCUGUUUCCCUGAUGACACCAAGCUGACCAAGAUUGAGACACUGAGACUGGCCCAUAACUACAUCUGGGCGCUGUCUGAAACUUUGAGACUAGCUGACCAUUGCAAAGACAAGCCUGAAAAAGACAUGGUGCACUCUGGCUACAUGAGUCCUGCAGCACCAUCCAGCCCUGGCAGUGAUGCUGGAUCCUGGAUGUCCACUGCCUCUCCCUCAUCAUCAUCCUCCUUUUCAGUAUGUACCUCAAACCCAAGCAGCCCAGCUAUGUCUGAAGACUGUUACUAUGGGCACAGAGAGAACACGUUUUCACUACACACCUUCCAACAAAACCUUAUGCAACAGCACUCCUCCUGCUAUGUUCAUUACCAGUAGACUUUAGGCUUCUGACCAUCUCUU